AUGGCACUUGCUAGCAGUACAAAUCCACAUGCUCCCGCAUCUUCAGGAACCCGCGUUUCCAAGGACUCAAUAAAAUCGACAUCGAGCACUGGCUCCAAGGAAGCAGCGGCUACAAAAGCGCUGAGCAGUGGCCCUCACGCUCAUGCUACAACUCCGCUCAGUAGUAGUCCAUCCAGCCGAGAACACCUCAUUGAUUUUGGCCCAUCACUGCACAGAUAUCCGAGUUUUACCGGCGGCGGCAUGCAAAUGAUUAAAUUUUACAAGGACCGAAUUUUCCCAGCACUGGCGGAAGGAAAAGACGGUGGGAAGCAGCAGCCACAGCAAAAGCGUGCUACCAUCGAGAUACCGCGCUAUCUGAUCGAGGCACGAAGCCCAGGCAGCAAACUGCGUGUGAUGCUUGCACAGUUGGAGGCACCGCAGAUAAAAAAGAAGAAACGAAAGCUAGUUCGUAGCCCAGGAGCACCACCCGCAACACGCCCAGCCAAAACAAAGAAAUCGGCAGCAGUAAAGGACGAACCACGAAAGGCCGCUGAGCACCCUGAAACUCUGCCCAAGCCACAGGUAGUAUUUUUUGUUUGUGGUACCGGACGAAGUACGUUUUUCUAUCCUUCCAACACUUUUCCAAAAGAUACUCAUAAUUUAAUGCGUUUUUGCGCCAUUCGAACGGAACAAAACUGA